GGGGCGGUGACGGCCCCGCGCGCUCCCGGCGCCGCGGCCCAGAGGGGCGGGCAGCGGCGGGUCCCUCGGGCGGCGGGUCCCGGGCCCGGGGCGGGUUUCACCGCCAUCACCCCCCGCCCGAGCGGCCAGGAUGAGCGGCGAGGACGGGAACGAGGAGUUCUACCGGCAGCUGCAGCUGCAGCAGCAGUGCGAGGCCCAGCCCGCCGGCCAGGGCCAGCCCGACCCCUUCACCUACGUGGACCCGGCCGACGGGGCCGCCUACGAGUGGGAUCGGGAGAAGAAGGCCUGGUUCCCCAAGAUAACAGAGGAUUUCCUGGCAACAUACCAUGCCAACUACGGCUUCCACACAGAUGAUGCAGACAGUUCCUCUGCUGCAGGCACAGCAACUGAAAGUAAGCAGCCUGUGAGUUCCAAGGCAGCAGGAACACACCCAGCAGCAGAUGAGAAAGGACCACAAAAACCAGAUCCCAAACAAAAAGCAGAAAAACGGAAGAUUGAGCCAGGUUGGUUUCAUGUUGAAGACGACAGAAACACAAAUGUUUAUGUGACUGGUUUGCCUCCAGACAUUACAAAAGAUGAAUUUGUCCAAGUCAUGUCUAAGUGUGGUAUCAUUAUGCGAGAUCCGCAGACAGAAGAACACAAAAUCAAACUGUACAAAGAUAAGGAAGGAAAUCUGAAAGGAGAUGGGCUCUGUUGCUAUCUAAAGAGAGAAUCCGUUCAACUUGCUUUGAGGCUUCUGGAUGAGGCAGAAAUUCGAGGCUAUAAAUUGCAUGUUGAAGUUGCAAAGUUUCAGCUGAAGGGGGAGUAUGAUGCCAGCAAGAAGAAGAAGAAAUGUAAAGACUACAAGAAGAAAUUGUCUCAGCAGCAGAAACAGCUGGAUUGGAGGCCUGAGAAGAAAGAUGGGGAAACUCGAAUGCGACACGAACGCAUCAUUAUUAUCAGGAAUAUGUUUCACCCAAAGGACUUUGAGGAGGAUCCCUUAGUGCUCAAUGAGAUCAGAGAAGAUCUGCGGACAGAGUGUGAGAAGUUUGGUCAAGUAAAGAAGGUUCUCAUAUUUGAUCGACACCCUGAUGGCGUGGCUUCUGUGUCAUUUAAAGAGGCAACAGAGGCUGACGUGUGCAAGCUGACUCUGAAUGGAAGGUGGUUUGGUGGUCGCCAGCUCAGUGCUGAAACCUGGGAUGGUGUAACGGAUUAUCAGGUGGAGGAGACUGCAAGAGAAAGGGAAGAAAGGCUGAAGGUGUGGGGAUCAUUUCUAGAGGAUCCUGAUGGAAAGGAGCAGCAACCUGCAUCUGAUUCAGAUUCAGCAGCAAGUAGUGUCAAACUGCCUGAAGGCAGGAAACCCUCACAGGUUAAUGACACGGCUAAGGAGGAUGGAAAUGAGGCCCAUGAGAGGGAGAAUAAUGGUGAGGGCAUUAAUGAAGAUGGUGCUCCAUCCACAGACAGCAGCCUUGCAGGCAGUGAUGUUGAAGCAGACACAUAACAUAAUUCAUGCUGUAGGAAAGCAUGGGGUUUAGGGUGAUGUUUGAGUUGAUCCCUUCCUUCAGGGUGACUGCAGACAGUGUUCAUAGGAAUAUAUGCAUAUUAGAAUGUCAUCAACUGUGUGCUUUGAAGUUUUCAUUAAAAGCAGUACUUAAUGAGGUUCUAAAAGUUUGUAUUAAUUGGCUGUUCAGGUAAAGUAACUCAAGUUGCCAAGAAUGCAGUAAAACUCAUCAGGCUUCUUUUGUUCUAACUAUGCUUGUCAGUGUUUCAUUAUGUAAGUGUGAAGUAUGUUCCAACCUGUAAGUUUAUGUAACUACAUGUAAAUUCAGCAAUGAAAAGAUAUGACAAGAUUUGUGGAUUUUACUGUUAAUUUUCCUGUACCCCUUGGAGCUCAGUAUCACUGCUCUUGUCCUGAGUGCUUUGGAUCAUUUUAUGCACCAGAUGCUGUGGUGUGUUCAUGGUGGGGGCACUGGAUGUGGUGCUAUGCAGGAAGUGGCAAAUGAUGAGUAGUACCAAGUCACAGACUUGAAGGAAGUGGAAAACAAACAAACUUGCCAUAGCCAACAUGAGGCAAACUAAGUGAAGAUAAAUUAUUAAAUUGCAGCAUUCAGUAAAUUAUUCUUUUUCUUCCCCUGUUUAAAUCUCUGGAUGCUUAGGUCUUCUGUUGAGGCUGGAAUUAUGUCAGGGACACUAGAAAUGCAGGAGCACACACACACUCUUGGCCAUAAUGAAAUAGACUGAUCUUAAGCUCUGAUGGUCUGUGUGGAAAAUAGGCUUUUGGUUGAUGGGCUGGCUUUAUUUAGGUUUUGCUUUAAUAUUAAGGUUUUCAUUUAACUUUGUUAGAAUGGUGAGAGUGAAUUCUUCAGCGUUUUAGUUUAGCCUCACGUGCUACACAAAGUGGGGAGGAUCUCCCAUAUUUCAUGAAAUUUAAAGGCUUUUGGCAACUUGAACUAGAGUUUGUUGUGCAAAAGUUAGAAUAAUGGAAAAUCUACUUUCAAGUGACAUUCUUUAUCUGGAAAAAGCAAAUUUUUAGCUCUCUUAGAAAUAUUUGCAGAAGUAAGGAUUUAGAAGACAUUCUAACACUAGAUCUCUUACUAAGUGGCAAGCUUUCAAAAAUAACUUUGGGGGAGCCAUUUUGGGCAUAGUCAUUCUUAAUUUAGACUACCAUUAUUUUGGUUCCUGAGGAUAGAAGAUUGUGGAUUUAGGCACUACAUUUAGAAUCUUGGUGCUAAGUUCAUAGCAGCUGUUAGUGGGGAAGGUUACUAGUGCACAUUGGAUCCUUAGAUUGCAAGAAACCACAGAUGCUAAUUCUUAUAUUUCCAUCCUGAAGUAUUUGGAGUACUCUGAGAAAUUAGUAUUUUCAAAUUUUUGUGCUCUGAGAUUGCCAUCUAUAUUUGUCCUAGAAGUCUGUGGUACUGAGAGUUUGUUUUGGUUGCAAUCAAUAUACGUGCAUAGCUGUGCCAGCCAGGGCAUCUAAGGUAACACUGGCUGUUUUGGUUAUAAAUGAGAUCUUUUUGUGACAACAUACCUGGUCUGACAACAGGUAUUUGAAUACAGUGUUUAAAAGUCUGGGGGCUUAUCAUAAGCUGGCAUGCUAAUUUCUGGAUUUGAAUUGUAUCAUAAGGAAGAGCUGUAACUCUUGCCAGCUAAGAAAGACCGUUUUCUCAACCUGGUGAGUGUGCAAACUACAUUUCAGCAAAACAAGUGUUUUAACAGUUGAGGGAGUUCAAAAUACUCCCUGGUUUGGAGCUGCAUGUAGUGGCAUGUUCAGAUGACAUCUCUGGAUGCCCUUGGUUCUGCCUUAGUUAUUUUUGUUGGUAAUAAGCACCACAGACCUUGGAGGGCUGAAAGUUUUGGCAUACGAAGAGUGGGAUUUAGUGUGGUGGGUAUUGCUUUCAGUGUUCCUUUUUCCUUCCAGCUUCCAGACUCCAGGCUUUACAUCUGGUAGACUGUUGUUUUAUUAGGGUUUGUUUUUUUUUUCAGAGUCAUGUAACACUCUACACAGCUAAAUCACCUUUGUACAGUGGAUUUGCAGCUGACACAGGGGAACUAUUGACAAAUGUAUAAAUGUUGUACAGUUCUAUAAAGCCUUAUCAUUGUAUCAGAUACAAGAAGCAAGGUUAGUGUUUGAAAAAAGACUUUGAAAAAGAAAGAAUUCUAUGUGCAGUAACCUUCCUCCAACUGAUACAUAAAUUUGAUUGGCUUGCUUCAAAAGUCAAACAUGGUGUUAGGGUUCUUGCGUUCUCCUCCAGACCUCACCGUGAAGGAGAGCACCGACAAGGACUGAGACUAAGUGCUUCAUUGGCUUUCUUAUUAACUAGGAUUCUUAAGAAAAUAAAAGCUGUUUUUCCAUGGAAAUAUGUUGUUCUGAAGUGUGGCAUGACACUCAAACUGCUGUUUUCCUUUUGUCUACCUCUUAUUCCCCAGUAAAAUGUAAAAUUAUAUUUUUAUAAACUGUUCAUUGAUUUAUUGAGGCAUUUAAUAGUCUUUGGAGAGGUUAAUGCAGCUGUGACUUUCUUUUCAGUAGAUUUUCAUUGAGACCAAGUUCUUUUGAUGUUUUCCUUUUUUAAAUGAUGCAAAUUUUUAUAAAUGAAUCUGAACAGAAAUUAAAACUUUUCACAAAAGCUAAAACUGCUAUUUAGAGAUACAGUUAUGAAAAUCUUGUAGGAUAGAGCAGUGAUGCUUAAUACCAAAUUUUAACAAAUCAGAAGCUGAACAAGCUGAGUUGCUUUACAAACUUUUUUUUUUUCUGACAGAGCAGCAUCAUAAAUAGGUAAGAAGUUAAAACCCAAUGCAAUUUUCACUGUAGUUUUUUAAUUAAAAGUGUGUUCUAAUGACUUGUCUUGCUCAUUAGAAAAGACAGAAUCAAACUUUUUGCUCAAUUGCUAAUUGGUUCCUUUCAGUUGCUCCAGUAUCCUGCAUGUUCCUUCCUCCCUGGCCUUCUGGUGAGGUUCAUUUUAAAACAAACUGUCUCCUUCCGUCAGUAUCUUAUGAAAACAACAACCAGCAGCAGGUUGAUAAAAUUUGUGGAUGGUCAUUGUUGCUCAGUUUUGUGCUAGAGAAGGAGCUGUUUCUACCGGCUUGCACAGUGUGGCAAAAUGGGAGUGAAGCCACUUAAAUAAGAUCAUUAACUAACUGCUACUUCAGCAUAAUUUGCCACAGAUAAUCACUUUCUUAACCAUGCAGUACAAAAUCGGUUGCUUACCUUCAAGACAUACUGGCAGUCUGCUUUGCAGUCAAUGCUGUCUGGUGGUUUGCUGGCAGGGUAAUUGAGUGGAGUUAGGAGGAUCCAUCAGAAAUGAGAUGGGUUUUGAGGAGCAUGGCCAAGGCAGACAUCUAGAAACAAACAGCCCCAAAGAGAAGCAUGGGAGUUGAAGCAGUUCUUGGAUGUUCAUAUGCAGCUGUAAAGAGAGAAUGAGUUUCAUUUUGCAUCAAAAUGUUUAUCUGUUUCUCCUGCUGACUCUUUAAAAAUUUUUAAUUGAAUUUCAGUCCCUCGUACAACUUACCUUUUGUAUAAGGAUUGCAAUUCACUUAAAAUCAUUAGUAUGUUAAAUGCAGUGCAUUUUUAGCUAAAACAUGACCUAGACAUUAUUUGGUUAGGGUGAGUCUGUUUACAGUUACAGAUACUUGGCUUAAUUCACUUACAGAAACUUAAAGGUAUUGGAUGCUUUAUAGAAACCCAAACUUGCCUUUAAAUUUUCCAGUAACAUUUAUAUUUUAACCCUAAAUUCUUGAACUGUAUAACCUAGCCCAAUCUUAAAAAACAACCUAAACAAAACUGAAAAAAAACACCCAUACUUACGGAUUCUAAUUGGAUUUUUAAUUCUUUUUAAUUUUUAAUUUGAGGAAACAUACUGCAGUAUGAGAAAUGAAAUGAUGGAACUUGUGCACUUGUGUUGAUUUGACUUGUGUGUAUUUUAGUGCUCAUUAUACAAGGCUUUGAAGUCUUACUGUCAGGAUACUCUGAAAGUUCUGUAAAAUAUUUAUAGAAUUAUGAACUCUUUUGCAGCAAAUUGUUUUUUGCUCAUUCUGUAACACAAAGAUAUAUUGUUAGAUUAAACUUUUCAGUAAGUCGA